AUGGAUAAAAGCUAUUUGAUCUAUUUUGCAGGUGAUCUUUUUGACCAGAAACAUAUUACAGGAAAUGCACUCCUUGGCCAAAUGAUUGAAAAGGUUUCAAAAGGUAAAUAUAAAUGCCACCUUCCUCAAAAUAAAGAAACAAUUAAAGAUCGUGGAACCCCAAUUCGUGAUAAAGAUAUCGAAAAUCUUAUGAAAUGCGAUUGUGCAAUAUUCAAUUUCGAUGGAACAGAUCUAGAUUCUGGCACUGUCGUUGAAUUUUGUUAUGCAAAGAUGGUGGACAUCCCUUCCAUUCAAUUGAGAACAGAUUUUCGUCAAUGCGGCGAUCAAAACGAUGGUGGAGAUCCAUGGAACUUAAUGUGCUCGGGAUAUCCGCGAACAAAAUCGUUACUACUUAAUGCUCUUGGAAUCUGGCAAGAAUCUCGCGCCAAAUAUCCAAACCUUUCAGAGCAGUUAGAAUAUUACCAUAAAAGCAUUGCCAUUAAGAUAAUUGAACAAUUAGAUGAUGUAAUUGCUAUAAAACCGCUUUUUAAUGGCAGUGUUGAUCAAGCAAAUUCAGCUUACAAUUGGGCCGUUAAAACAGUUGGCGGUAAAUUAAAUGAAUAUCUAACAGAAAGCUGCAUAUCGGAGUUAAUUCAAUCAAAACACGCUAAAGGACUAAUUUAA